GAGAAAACCGACAUCAGCCUACAAUCGGAAGUCGUCAUGUAUCCAAAUCAGUUUAAGUAGUCCAGAAGAAAGCUACUUAUUUAGUCUACUAACAAUAAGUUGAAUAGGUCAUGUUCUUUGCAUUAGUGUAGUGUUAAUAUUUUGCACAGUUUAUUUCUAUUCGUUUUGCAAUUUUACAUUGUGUUACAUCGUGAAUUAAAGAGAGAAGAAAAUAAAACAAUUAGAACGAAAUGGUGCUGAACAAAUUUGCAACCGUAUUGGCGGAGGUCCUCAUCUUACCGAUUGUUCUCGAGGCUCGUUUUCAUCAUAGGUACGAUUUUUACAGACAGUAUUAUGAUGAGAAUAUUAAUAACGAGCGAGUGAGAUUUCCGAUGAAAACCUCCGAAGAAUCGAAUUACGAUCAUAAUAUAAAAACAGAAACAAAUUCGCGUUUGAAAGAUGACAAGCGUACGAUCUUCGAUAGUAGUUUUGUAUUUCCGAAUGAUGGGCUGCAAUUGCGAAAUGACGAUGAUAGUUACAUAGAUGAUAUGAUCGAUUCAUUGUCACAGGCAAAUUGCGAUCACAAGAUGCAAACCUUUUGCGAAGAUGUCCCGAAUUAUCCCGCAACAUUUGUGCAUCAAGCACUCGUGAGGAAUGCCAGUUUAUUGCAUUAUGCAAACGAGGAUGUUUUAGAAAUUGCACCGCGAACAGACACCAACGAAGAUCGGCUUUGUGUCUCUCUGGAACGAGUAAUUCAUCCAAUGGCAGGCCAAAACUCAAAGAACGAAUGGCGCUACAUUCUUCAAUCAAACCAGUCGAAUUUUUAUCAAGGUGUGCGAAUCGAAACUUGCAUGGAUGAAAAUACUAAAUGCAGGUUGAUUGACGGCUUUGCUGAGGGGUACAUCACAACAUGCAGACAGAAAUAUAUUUAUCGCGAGUUGUCAGCUAUUUCCGACGGCGGUAAGAUCAUCCGCGAUUAUUUCCGCUUUCCUGCGAGUUGUUGUUGCCACGUUGAGUUAAAUACCGACGACGAAGAUGUCAGAACACGAAUAUAAUUAGCUUUAGAGAACAUUUCAUCCUCAAAUUGCGCAAAAGAUGCAUAUAAGAUUAUAUAGUUAAAAAUAUUUUAUAGUAUGCAGAUAUUUUUGAGCGAUUUUCUGAUCAUGGAAAUAAUUAGUUGGCUGUCGCUUAGAGUUUAAUUACGGCUUACAAUCGAUAAGAGAAUAAUUGCUCUCAAAAAUAUUAAGAGCUUUGUAGGACAUUAUAUGCUGAAUAGGAAAUUCUGAUGAUCUGAAAAAGAAUGAAAACAAUAAAUCGAUACAAUUAUGUCAAAAUUAUUAAAAAUGUUUUCAAUAUUAUUAAUAUUGUAACGUCAUCUCUCUUUUACCUUCAUAAAAGAUUCAUUGGAUAAAGUAAUUAUGUAGCCGCUAGUUAUCUUUAUCGGUUUCUUAGAUCGUGUGAUUAUCAACAAAAGAGUCUUCAUUAAAUCAACAGGAAGCAUCGGCCAAUCCAUCUCAUAAACGGCAUUGCCGAUUUCAGUACUCUGCGUGUUUAAAAUUAAUAGACUGCUUAAAUAACGACUUCAUAUAAAAGUCCAAAAUUAAUCAAAAAGAUAAUAUAUUUAAUAGCUUAAAAAUUUUUAUCACAUUCGACCUUCAGUGUCACUUCGUUGCCGAACCAGCAGUACAAAUAGAUCUGCAUAAGCAUGCAACCGAGAUACGACAAACUCCAUGCGAACUCGAAGCUCAGUAAGCUCUUCUUCGACAUUUUAUAGAUACUAAGACAAAGUACUGUCGAACUUAUGGAAAAUUGUAGGAGGAUCAUCAGCGUGAAUACCGCAUUGAUGCGUUCCGCGAAUCUGCCAAAUUGCGAUUAUUCAAUACUUACGUUCUUUGUUCUUCUUCUAAAUAAACUCUAACAACUCCUUACCUAUACACGUAGCGAUGAUGAUGGACAAACUCGCGGACGAGUCUCUGUUCUCGCGCCUUCAAAGCCUCUUUCGAAAUGCUGGAUUUUCGAACCUCUCGUAGCAAAUCCGGCAAUAUGCGAGCGCGAUGACAUAGUAUGUCCAGCUGAGCACAAGUCUGAAUCAUAAAGCCGGAGAUGAGAGUCUCGUGAGCGACGCUGGCGUUCGCACAGACUAUCAGUCCAAUAGUUUGGUGCAGUACAGUAGCCCAAUAGAUAGCAGUCGACGAGAUAUCGUAAGGCACCCAGUCGGAGAGCGGUAAAGUCCUGGUUUUGGCAAAGUGCCGUAAUUGAGCAAUCGUGGCGAAGAAGACGGCCGACUCGUUCAAUAUCUCGCAGUAGAUAGUAAUUAUUCUGAAAAAAACAAGGUCUAUGAAAAAUGAUGGCAUAUUUAAAUAGAGAUUAUUACAUUUUAAAAUCUACAUAAGAAUUGUAAGAGUUAAUAAGCAUUUGAUAUUCAAGGGUUUAGAUUUGAUUUAUGAAUCUUUAAUUUUUUCAUUUUUUCAGCUCUUCGAGAUCUUUGUCUUGCAUAAAAAUAUUUCAAAGAUAAUUACAAUACAUAUAAAUUCAAAUUUUACAAAGUUAAACUUCAUAAUUACGCACUUGGCAUUAUGAUCGAAUUUCCGUUGGAUAUUCAUCUCGUGAUUGUCUCUGGGUACACAAAUGUCCGUCAGCAGCAUAUCAGUGAGACCGAUAAUCUCGUCCCGACGUAGCACCAGGUUCAAUACUUUGCAGCUGACGCCGAGCACCGACAAAAACAGCGAGAAUUUUUCGAUGAAGGUCUCAAGAUCCUCGAUCAUGAAACAAUCGACCAAACCGCAAAACGUAAAUGAGUAGAGAAGAAAAAUCAUUAUGACGGAAUAAACAUUGUAUGCCCAAUAUUUGGUGGGGGUCAGUUUGACGGGUCGCCAAUAACCGGUGUACGUCAAGAGAGCGAACGAUAAGGAAAGAGUGUGCAUUGUUCUCGUUUAAAAGUCUAGAGGAAAUACUUCAAGGUCUAUAAAAGGUCUCGAUAAAAAUGCCUUUUGCUAGACAAUGUUCCGAAGAAGCUAUUUUAUUGCAGCUUUUAUUUCUUCGAAUCAUUUUAUAUUAUAUCGCUUCCCUAUUCUCUCGCACAAAGAAUUACCUCGACUUAUAUUCUAGAUAAUUCAUGCAUAAAUAAGUUUUACUAAUCGUUGCAAUUGAGACAUCAUAAUACUGUAAAGACCAUUUAUGCUAUUAGAGUCGUAUAUAGUUCCACCUUAUCAUCAGCCUUUAAAAAUAAACGUUAUAGCAUAAAUACUGUAUUUCGUUGUCGCGAUCGAUAUAGAUUGAUUUACGAGUCUUGAACAAUAAAGAACGAUAUAUAUUUUUU